AUGACCUCGAAGGCUGAACCACUGCAUUCCAGAGCGAAGAUGGACUCCGCCAUCAUUCCGUUCGAAGAAUUCUCCACCUACCUCAAUACGCAGAAGGGCCUCACUCGGUACAACUCAAAAGACGAAAAAAGGCCAGAUCACCCAUGGUUCAGUCUGCCGAAGGCUGAAAUCGACCGGCUUUUGAAGGAGUUUGCGCAACUGAUUGGCGACCUGCUCAGAGGAUCUCCACACAAUGACAAAGAGCUGCAGCAUCUCGAUCGUACAGCAAAUCAGCUUGCCCAUGUGGCGCGUAGUCCCGCCGUAAAAGUUGCUCUGCUUGGCGCACAAGGUGCCGGCAAAUCACUCAUGAUCAAUGCUUUAUUCGACUGCGACGGCUUGUCACUCACGGGUGCCGAUGGUGCUGCAUGUACCAGUUCCAUUACCCGAUAUGCUGCUUAUCCAGAGACUCAGCCCGGCGAAUACACUAAGUUCUUUGCAGAGAUUAAGUUCCUCAGCGCUGAAAAGAGAGAAGCAUUGCUUCAAGAGCAUGCCCGUUCCUAUUACCAUUACCAACAUGCAGAGGAAGACUCCGACGAUGAAGAUGUACCCCGGUCAAAAGUUUCCCGUACAGACGGUGAGCUGGAGCGGAGGCUGAAGGAUACCGCAGAAGACGUGUUCACCACACUGUUUGGAUCACAAGACUCGUUCGAAGACAAUUGGGGCCCAGACUUGUACCGAAGCGGAGAAUUCGUCAGACUAUGCCAGCUGAAGUGCGAGGAAGCCUUGAGGAAUGAAGACGUAAACUCUCAAGGUAUUGCAUUGAAGAUCGCCGAUGAUCAACAUGGGCUGCUGAAACAACUCCGGCCCUUUAUCACAAAAGUCGAAGGCGUGGCUUGCUUAUGGCCACUUGUGGACAGUAUCUGUAUUCGAUUCAGUCAUGAUCUUCUUCAGGCUAACGUAGAGAUUGUGGACCUUCCUGGUUGGGGAGAUGUCAAUCUGUCGAGAGUUAGACACGCGGAACAGAUCAAAGACACCGUUGAUGUCGAGAUGAUUCUCGCCGAUACUAUUCGCAUGGCUUCGGAUGACAUGGUCAUCAACAGCGCUCGAGCUGCCGUUGCACAUCACGGCGCAGGGAACGUAAAGCUAAUUGCAACGAAGAUUGACUCACUCAACAAGAAUCAGCUUGCGCAAUACGGCGGUCAGGAUUACGACCAAAUCCAGCAACUUCUGCAGUAUGUUGAAGAGCAGGAAGCAGAACUCGAUGAGGACGACGAAGACGGUGCAGAUGCAAAGAAGCGUACCCUCCUCAAUAAGUAUAAAAUCUACCUCGAACGCCUUAGGAAGCAAAAGAAGAUCGCAGACCGAGGAAGGAAGAUCACCAAAGACCUAGCGACCAAACUGCAGGGUCGAUCGGCGCAGGACAUCCCCCAAGUAUACCACGCAUCCGCUUCCGAGUACAUGGACUGGAUUCGCAAGGCCAAGAUCAGUUUUCUUACACAGCCUGCUAUACCUGUGGUCAUGACUGGAAUACCUGCCAUUCGCGAGUUCCUCAUAGCUCUCCCUGCGCAACAAAACAUGCAGGACUAUGAUCGCCAUAUCAACACCAUCAUCCCAGCCUUUAUCGAGAAAGUCAGACGCACGGUGAGUGAAACGGACCGGGAUGGUGGGUUCAUUAUCAUCGCCGACGACUUCGACCGUCUCCGUCAAGGCUUCAUGACAAGACUCUUAUCUCAAGCUAAGCUUUCCUUUCAGAAAGCAUCAGAUGGAAGCAUGUCUAGGCUGACCAAAGAUGUUUCCACGUUCAAAGAACAGGUAGAAGAAGUCGUGACCGAGGAAUGGUGCACUCUCAAAGCUGCUGCCUUCAACAGGACCUUGAAAGGUCACGGUAACGUGCCGAAGGGGGCAUCACAAGCUAAAGGCUUGGAGAACGGCACAAAUUGGAACAGAGACCUUGCGACCUUACUGAAGCCAGGCUUUCACAGAUGGUCCAAUGCUUAUAACGAGUACAUGAAGCCAAUGACUCCGGCUUUGUGCCAUGCACUGGAGCAGUUACAUUCAAAAACAACCGUUCUGAUUAACAACGCUGCUGCAAACCUUGUAACCGUGGAGAAGUCCAAGAGGAAAUGGGCUCCGCUGCGAACGAAGCUGCAGGCGAAACUACUAGGUCUCAUGGAGGAGAUAGCCAAGAUCAAGCAACGCACGCUUGAGUGGGCUACUAUGGAGUUCGAUUGCGAAAACAAUGUCAUAGCCAACAUUACCGAUAACAUAUUCGAUGAGGUUUUCAAAUCAGCUCCAGCCCUCAAGCCUGCAAAUCCGAACAGGAAAAAACAGACAAAGCAAUACGUGGAACCAAAGGGCAAAUUUCAGAGGAGAAAACUGGUGGCAAUGUUCUUGGAGCCUGACUCUCACUUUGUCGACCAAGUUGUGACGCUGGUGCAGUCACAAUUCGACAAGAUUGUCAAGACCACUCUUGACGAGCACUUCGCAGGCAUUGACGCACUACUCACAGAGUUCAGCACAACCAUUCGGGCACAGGCACCUAUCGAUUACAGCAUUACGGCUGCAGGCGAAGUCAUUCGCGCAGAUGUCGAGAAAGAUAUUCCGAAGCUUGAGGAGAAGGCUGAGGCGCUCCGCAAGAUGCUUCCAGUGUGUGUCAAGCGAGAAGAUGAUCCGACUCUUAUUCCUAUCGACAACACCGAUGUAUUGAGCGACGAGGACAACCUAGUAGUCAUAUACGAGAAGAUGGCUAAGCGAAAGGUUGCUGAAGCAAACGGAACUUCGGGAAACAAGCGUAUCAAGAAAGAGCCCUUCUCCUUCUGA